CAUCCCACCAAAACCAACUUUUUUUCUUUAUAAUACAAAAGACAUAAUGGAGGUUGUCUGUUACUAAACAAAAACUUCUUUUUAUUAUUUCCUCCUCAAGUGCUCUCCUCCAAUUAGGGUUUCCCUGGACUUCCACUCCAUUCCCUUCCAAAGUCCUUUCCCACCUCCACUUCCAUGCAUGAAACACUACCUUCUUCUCAUAUAUACUUAAAGCCUAAGUAAAAAUUAUCCUUCUCUUUCUCUUUCUCUCUUUCUCUUUCUCUCUUUCUACAUCUCUGCAACUCUUUGUGGCUGUGUGGUUCUCCACCUUCUCAUCAACUUUUCUCAACAAAGAGGAAAAAGCAAGAAGAGAAAGAAAGCAAGAAAGAAAGAAACCAUGGUCUUCCCUUCAGUUCCUGCCUAUCUAGAUCCACCAAACUGGAACCAGGCUCAAGCAAAUCAAGAAGGAAGCACUAGUACCAAUCCUGGAGCUAUCCAAGCUCACGGUGCCGUGGCUUUGCCACGGCUGGACGGCAAUUCUUCUCUUUCGGUCAGGCCUAAUUCCAUGGCCGAAAGAGCACGUCUUGCUAAAAUCCCUCAACCGGAUACUUCUCUCAAAUGUCCUCGGUGUGAAUCUACUAAUACUAAGUUUUGCUACUUCAACAACUACUCUCUUUCUCAGCCUCGUCACUUUUGCAAGACUUGCCGGCGAUACUGGACACGCGGAGGAGCUCUCCGUAACGUUCCGGUUGGCGGUGGCUGCCGUCGCAACAAGAGAAGCAAAUCCAGUGGAAAUAAUAGUAGUAGCUCAUCAAAACCUCCUUCUAUGAACACCACGUCUUCUUCAACUGCCACCUCUGCUUCCACUGCUGGUGCAAUUCAUGCUACUGCUACUGCUACUGCUACUACUGGUCUAACUCAGUUGCCUAAUUUCAUGUCUUCUUUACACCCUUUAGAGUUUGGUGUUCAAAACCUAGGAUUGAAUUUCACUGGUAUGCAAGCCAUUGAUCAUCCCUCUGUAGGGUUUCAAGAUGGAGGUUUGGAGCAGUGGAGGAUUCAGCAAAUCCAGCAACUCCCUUUCUUGGGUGGCAUGGAUCCACAAGCACACACUUCUUCUUCUUCCUCUCCUUCUCUUUUCCCUUUUGAUCCAGCUGAAGGGAUGAUGCCAUACAAGCUAGUUUCAAGUUCAGGACUCAUUUCACAGUUUGCUUCAGUUAAGAUGGAAGAUAACUCUCAAAGGUUUAGACAGUAUAUGGGUGGAGCUUCAAGGAAUACUACUACUACUACUACUGCUACUACUCAUGAUCAGUAUUGGAAUAGUAAUAUCGGUGGUGGUGUCGGCGGUGGCAACACUGGCACCGGUAAUGCCGAAUGGACUGAUAUAUCUGGUAAUCUCUUAUAAUUCAAGCUCGAUCGAUCGAUCGCUCGCCAUGAAUGACCUUAUACUUUGGAUGCUUAGUUCUUUUUUUCGAUCGGUAAAGAAGUGGAAGGUCUUGAAUUAAUGGUGUUAAUUAUCUCUGAAGGUGAGAGCUUGAGACAUGGUAAGUAGGUUUCUAAUCUUUUGAUUUUAUCUGGAUUGGUAUUUGUUGUUAAUUUUCUAUAGUUUGGUUACAAAAUUUGGGGUGUAUGAGUUCAUGCAUGCAUGAAAAUUUGGUAUAUCUCUCUCUGAUCAACAUGAAGAGCAGGAACACUUUAUUUUUA